AUGGCCACCAACGGGUCGGAUUACGAGCUCCUCACAGAGCACUUUAGCUACCCGCCAGUGUCCGCCCAGGCCCUCCUCGACGACAUCAUCAACACCAUCAACGUGCUCGCCGACCGCGCCCUCGACUCGGUCGAACGCCUCCUCCUCACCAUCCCCCCCCAAAACCUAGGCUUCAAGGUGCCCAAGCCCAAAGCGACAGACCCCGAUGCCGCCCAAACCGCCCUCGACGCAGCCAAGCUCGAGAUAGAAAACGGCACCCACCAGCUCGAAACCCUCCUCAACGCCGCCAUCGACAAAAACUUUGACAUUUUCGAGCUCUACACCAUGCAAAACAUCCUGACGGUCAAGCCCCAAGACCAGCCAUUCAUGCGCCUAUCGCACUACGACGGCCUCGACCUGUCAAGCAGCCCCGACAAACCAACAGUGGAGAGCGUCAACGCCCUAAGACGAAGGCUGCACGCCAGCCAGAAACUGCACAUGUCUCUCGAGGCGGAGAGGGCAAGAAACGACGCACUACUACGAAAGUUGAAGCGCGUACUGGGCGUCUCCACCGCGCAGGACGCGGUUAAGGAGGAGGAGGAAGAAGCAGAAAAGGAAGGGACUGCCCCUGAGGGGGACGACAAACAGCUCGGAUUCCUGCGCGAAAAGGCGGCGCUCGAGCAGGGCGGGACAAAUAAACCGAUUACUACGACUACGGAAUUCACGCUGUCGCAGUUGAACUCUCUGCGGUCGCUGUCGGAAUCUCUAAGGCGGCUGCUGCCGGAACUAGGUGCGCAGACCGGGGAGGAAGCAGAAGCGGACGGCAAGUCGUGGCGCCGCGAGCGAGCAGAGUACAUCGAGGGCGCGUCGCGCAAGUAUCUCGAACGAUCGGGGGCGUUGGAACUCGGCCCGCACGGGGAGGUUCGCGACGGGGAGUGGCACGGCGGGGGGAGGUCGUUGGCGAGAGGCGAGGUGGAGGGUUUGGAGAAUAUUGCCUCGCUGUUGGCAAAUGAGGGGGGAGGGUCGAAAGGGGACGACAAGACCGUGGAUGAGUCUUGA